ACACACACACAGACCGCGCGAGGGAACCCGGCGGAGAGGCGUCAUGUGCUGAGAUGAGGUGUGGUCAGUGAUGGCACAGAGGAUCCUCCACUUCCUGUGUUCCGUCAGGAGAUGUCCUCCACUUCCUGCGGCGUCUCGCUUCUGCAGCUCCAAGCCGCCGGAUCUCCCCCUGCCUCCGGCGACCUCGGAGAACGAGUCUCUGGUGGAGACGCUGUCCAGCAUGGGCGUGGACCUGGAGUCGGCCCGGCGCCGGCAGCCCGGCGUGCUCCGCAAGCAGCUCACCAACGAGCAGGGCCUCGCGCUGUUCCUGCGGAGCAAAGGAGCCGACCCCGAGGCCAUCGCCAGCAUCAUCUCCCGCUUCCCGCGGUCCAUCACGCGCACCUGCGCGCACCUGGAGGAGCGCUGGACGCUGUGGAGGAACGUGUUCCGGAGCGACCGCGAGGUGGUGGGCGUGCUCUCGCGCUCCCCCGAGUCCUUCUUCCGCUCCAGCGACAACACGAACCUGGAGGAGAACAUCGUGUUCCUGAUGUCUCUGGGAAUCACGCGGAGAGACUUGCACCGGCUGCUCACCACCGCGCCGCGGACCUUCUCCAACAGCGUGGAGCUGAACCGGAACAUGGUGGAGCUGCUCCAGGAGGUGUGCGCGAGGCUCGGCGGGAGGGACCCGCAGGCCUUCGCCAGAACCAUCAUCUCCAGGAACCUCUACAUCUUCAUCCGAAGCACCAACCGGAUCAGGGCCAACGUGGAUUUCCUGAUGCGCGAUCUGAACUUGAGCAACGCGGAGGCGCUGGGGUUGUUCCAGAGCCACGGCGCGCAGAUCCUGGACCUGUCGCACGAGAGCCUGAAGAGGAACGCGGAGAGCCUGCGCCGGAAGCUCGGGUCGCUGGGGUGCGGCGCCGAGCACUUCAAGGCCAUGAUCCUGAACUACUCGCACGUGCUGUUCCUGUCCUCGGAGCGGCUGGAGCAGAAGCUGGACUGCCUGCUGGAGGGCGGGGUGUGGGUGGAGCAGGUGGUGCUGAAGCCCAAGGUCCUGGACUUCAGCCUCGACAGCAUCCGGCACCGGCUGACCCUGCUCAAGCGGCUCGGCUACGACUUCCAGAAGAGCGGCAUCGCGGUGCUCGAUUCCAGCAAGAAGCGCUUCAGCGCCAAACUAGAGAGGCUGGGUUCAGCGGAGGAGUGAAGAGUGGGCGC